AUGGCUCAGUAUUCGAGCGAAGUAAUCAGUGCAGAGAACAUCGCUCUCUUCUCCCUUUUGCACGGCGUUCCUGUACGACCAUCGACCAAUAAAGCCAGCAGAAACAGCUGGAACCUGCCUGCCCAACAGACCAAUCGUCAAAAUUAUAGCCUAUCAUUCGAUACAGAGCGCAGACUGGCGGAUACCCUAGCCUUCCUGUCAAGUAUCAAAGAUGACCCAGAUCACAUCCCCGCUAUCUGCGUGGGGGAAGACCCAGACGAAAAAAAUAGCUUGAACGUGUACAUCGCGAUAAACAAAUGUCGCUGGGGUGAUGGAGAUGAUCUCCUUCAGACCGUGAAGGAUGGAUUUGAACAGUUGUUCCGUAUACUUGAAAAGUGCUCUUUUCCUCCUCAUCAUAAAAAAGAAGACGAUGAAUAUGGUGAUAGACGCAAAGUCAAGGAACAGGUUUUCUCGGCCGUCGUGUCAAUGUGCUCGUCGCGCAUUCUGGCUAGGUUAUCUUUAGGCCCACGGGCCAAAUUGAAAGCUAAAAAGGACUUUAAGAAAGGCAUUGUGGAAGUUAUAGAUUUCGUGAACCGACAACGAAAUGAUAGAAACCAAAGCACGCUAUCUUUGUUUACGACAAAGGCUAGAGAAUUAGUCAAGUUGGUGGAUCUGUGGACCAAAUAUCAGACUCAAACUCCCUUGGAGGAUCUUGUUGAAGGUGUCUAUCAGUUGCAAAAGACAGAAACAGUGCAGCGUAUUCUAGACGGAAUGUCGAAUAGAGACAUGGACCCUUUACGGCGAGCCAGCCUCCUCAACGUCGUCAAAAAGGUCGCAAGGUAUCGCCAAGCUGCAAGAUUUCUAUAUCGGCUGGUAGCCAAGGAACAACAUUUGAGUAAACUUAAAGCAAUCGCUGUCAAUCUUCCCAAGGAGUAUUUUGAAAAGUCAGUUCCAAGUAGUGUCGAUUAUUAUCCACGGCUUUCCUCGGUCCUCUUUAGGAUCCAUCCAAAGUAUGCAAAGGAAAAAAGCCUGGGCCAGAUUCGUCGUUUAUUAUUGACCAAAAAAGAAAAGUCUGUCGACGAAGAUUUUUCAGAAAGAGUCCUCAAAACGCUGAACGAAGCCAAAAUUCACGCUGAAGUCCAGCUUAUUGCUCAUUGCGAGUCUCAGCUGCCUGGUGGUUCUAUGGGUUUGCCUCCUCGGGUCAUAUGCUCUAGCAAGGAUGCAUGCUAUCUUUGCAAUUUAGCCAUUUAUCUAUAUAGAGGAAAGAUGCAUACACCUCGAUCCCAUGGGAGACUAUAUCCUGGCUGGCGAUUACCAUUACAGCAACAUCAACAGUUGGGGGUCAGUUUUAACCAGGCUAUUGAAACAAAAAUCAAAGAGAGCUUGAUGUUCCUAUUUCAGAAGCAGCAAAGAAUAAACUAUCCAUUCCCCAUGGAAAGCACACUUGGAACCCUACCAUCAUCCAAUACCACGUUGUAUGGUUCUUCUAUAAGGGACGAAUCGGUCAUUUCAAGGAUUGGCCUAGGACAUGAAGUACCUGUACGUACUUUACUGUCAGUGGGAAACCAAGAGCCCACCGGCUUUAAACCUGGUGAAAAAUCCAAGUCGCGCGACUUGAUUUCAGACAUUCGGUCUCAAGACUCUCAUUUAUCCAAUGAAGAUGAAAUGCUUCCUAGAGGCAUAGCUUUAAAAAAGACGAUCAAACCACAGAAUGCACCGUUUGUUUACUCGAAUGGGCUGUUGGAGGUGCAAAUGGACCUCGAACCGCCAGACCCAAGUAAAUUGGCGACAAACCAGACAAGUCUGGCCUACAGCAUUGAAUGGCUUGAUAAGGCAGCCGAAAUACAAGAAAAAUGCCAUUCGGGAUGCGUUAUAGAUGUAGGGACUCUCCAAGGGGAAGUAUUUCACGAAAUAUGUGGCAAAAAUAGCCUUUACAUGAGGUUUGAAAAUUCGGUAUUUAGAUUAAGAUUCCACUAA